CCGCUUCCCUGCCCGGCCCUGCCAACCCAAGAGCCGUCGACAUUUCACAGCCAUUUGUGCUUGUUUAGCUUUCUCUUUCACUCUUAUCCCCGUCGUCGCAGACUCGUAGUGACGCGACUCAAUCUCUCGUCCAUCACGACAUCACACCUUCGACAGCCUCCCUAAAAGUCUCGUUAUCACUGCCGCAAGCUUCCGUUCAACUUCCGUCACAAUCUCUACCGCGACCGCUCCUUCACCAUGACGAAGCCGAAGAAGGAUGUAAAGUUCCAACACAAGGAGGGAAGAAGACCUAGCAGAUCCUCCAACGACAGCCAAGAUGCUCUCGACAAGGCGAGCCCCACAAGGAGCACCCACCUCACCAAGCCUGAACCCCAAGCGCCCGUCCCCCAAAGCGAAUAUGAGAAGAAGAAGCAGACAUUUAUCACCAGGACCAUCUGGACCCUCGUCAUGAUCAUCUUCUUCUUCGUCGCAAUGUUCUCUGGCCACAUCUACAUCAUCAUCAUCGUCACCGCUAUCCAGAUCAUCUCCUUCAAGGAGGUCAUCGCCAUCUCAAACGUGCCCAGCAGAGCGCGCCAGCUACGCUUCACAAAGACGCUCAACUGGUACUUCCUUGGAACAACCAUGUACUUCCUCUACGGGGAGAGUGUCAUCUACUACUUCAAGCACAUCAUCCUGGUCGACAAGGUCCUGCUGCCCUUUGCUACCCACCACCGUUUCAUCAGCUUCAUGCUCUAUGUCAUGGGCUUUGUCUUUUUCGUCGUCUCUCUGGAGAAGGGCCACUACAAGUUCCAGUUCCAGCAAUUCGCUUGGACCCACAUGGCCCUCUACUUGAUUGUCGUCCAGGCUCACUUCAUCAUGAACAACAUCUUCGAGGGCAUGAUCUGGUUCUUCCUCCCCGCCGCUCUGGUCAUCACCAACGACAUCUUUGCCUACAUCUGCGGCAUUACCUUUGGUCGCACUCAGCUCAUCAAGAUUAGCCCCAAAAAGACCGUCGAGGGCUUCCUUGGUGCUUGGAUCUUCACCAUCAUCUUCGCCUUUGGUCUGUCCAACAUCCUGAUGCGUUAUGAUUACUUCAUCUGCCCCGUCAACGACCUCGGCGCAAACGUCUGGACCGGUCUCAAAUGCGACGUCAAUCCCGUCUUCUUGUCCCACACUUACCAGCUCCCCUUCAUUCCUCCCAACUGGUCCCAUUUGCCUACCACCAUCACUGUGGCUCCUGUUCAAUUCCACAUCAUGAUCUUCGCUACCUUCGCUUCUCUGAUUGCUCCCUUUGGUGGCUUCUUCGCGUCCGGUCUCAAGCGUACCUUCAACAUCAAGGACUUUGGCGAUUCCAUCCCUGGCCACGGUGGCAUGACUGAUCGCAUGGAUUGUCAGUUCAUCAUGGGCUUCUUUGCUUACAUGUACUACCAAAGUUUCAUCGCCGUCUACAAGGCCUCUGUCGGUAGUGUAAUUGAGACUGCUAUCACUGGACUCACUCCUGAACAACAGAUGGAAGUUGUCAAGGGAUUGAGCAAGCAUCUUGUCAACCAAGGUGUCAUCAACUCAAAGGUCCUCGAGUACCUUGGCGAGCAGCUCAGGAGAUAG